AUGUGGCACCGCUUUAACACGAGCGUGUGUGUUGACCAGUUGGCGGGCAUCUUCUCGGACAUCUUCAACCUGUCCCAGUCCCAGGUUGUAGUCCCCACCUGCUUCAUGGAGACCACCAUCAUCCCAGUGCCCAAGAAACACAAGACGGGCAGACCACAGUCUGUGAGGAUCGGCAACAACACCUCCUCCACACUGACUCUCAACACAAACACAGGAGUCCCCCCCCAGGGAUGUUUCCUCAGCCGUCUGCUGCCUAUCUUCCACUGUGGAGGUCACUUGGUGACUGAAUCAGGCUUUGUGGGCAGUGAGGGAUUCCCCAGCCACUACAAACCUAACCGCAAAUGCACCUGGUACAUCACUGUCCCCGAGGGUCACGUCGUCAUGCUCUCCUUCCGCAUGUUUGACCUGGAGGCCGACCCCACCUGUCGCUAUGACUACCUGGACGUGUACAACGGCCACUUGCACACGAUGCAGAAGCUGGGGAGGUUCUGCGGGACGUUCCGACCCGGGGCUCUCAUCUCUACCUCCAACACCAUGAUGCUGGAGAUGGUGUCUGAUAGUAGUACAGGAGGACGGGGGUUUGCGGCUCACUACCAAGGAGGGAAACCACACAUGGACGAGAAUCAGUUCUGUGGGGGUAGACUAACGAAGGCUCAGGGUUCAGUCAAGACACCCAACUGGCCCAACUCAGAUUACCCAGCAGGCAUCAGCUGCUCCUGGCACAUCUCCGUGGAGCCCAGCAAUGUGAUCGAGGUCAAGUUUGUGAAGUUGGAUAUAGAGGCUGACACGUACUGUCGCUAUGACUACGUGGCAUUCUUUAAUGGGGGUGAGAGGGACGACUCGCGGCGCAUCGGGAAGUACUGUGGUGACAGGGUACCAGGGACCCUAGUGACCAAUGGGAACGAGCUCCUGGUGCAGUUUGUGUCUGACCUCAGUGUGACCUCCAACGGCUUCAUGGCCCACUACUCCAGCGUGCCCCGGGGUUCCCGGACGCCCUCCUCCGGGGAAGACAACGUCCAUGGGUCUCGGGUCACCGCAACACCCCAGAAACCAACCUCCAAGCUGACCAAACCAGCCCGGAACACUCCUAAACCCAAGCCAGCCAUCAGGGCCAAGCCCACCCCAAAACCAGCCGUCAGACCUGGGGUAAGGAUACCAGUGAAGCCUCCACCACGUAAGCCUACAGCCAAGCCCGGAGUCAGACCCAUACCUACCCCUAAACCUGGUACCAAGGCUAAACCAACCACUAAACCUGGUACCAAGGCUAAACCAACCCCUAAACCUGGUACCAAGGCUAAACCAACCCCUAAACUAGGUACCAAGGCUAAACCAACCCCUAAACCUGGUACCAAGGUGAAAUCCAAGCCCACACCAAAACCAGGGGCCAAAACAGUGAAACCAAUUAAGAAACCCUUCUCUAAGCCUGGAGCCAAGCCCACACCUGAACCAGGGACUAAGCCUAAAACCACAGCCAAGCAUGGACCGAGCCGGACUAAGACUGUGACUAAGAAACCUGCCGUGAGCAAGAAACCCCUACCGAUGAAUCAGCUGUGUACCGUGGCUUGUAAGAGGACAGGAACACUCCAAUCCAACUUCUGCCCUAAUGAUUUCGUGAUCACAGGGAAGGUGACAUCCUUGGUCCCAGGCCCUAGAGGCAGUGUGACUGUGGAUGUGUCUCUCAUCAAGUCCUAUAAGAGUGGCCACAUGGCCAUCAUCAAAUCAGGACCAGCCAUGUCCGUCAAACUCACCUCCAACUGCAGGAAUUGCCCCAGCCUACGCAAAGGAGCGAACUACGUGCUGAUGGGCAAGGUGGAUGUGCAGGGGCGCGGCCUUCUCAACCCCUCCAGCUUCGCUCUCCUGUACAAGGCGGUCCACGCCAAAGCACUGGCCAAUCUCGCCCGCCAAUCAUGCUGA